AUGCCAGUGAUGGAUGGCUUCGAAGCCACUCGCCAGAUUCGAGCGUUUGAGCGUAGUAACGAUAUCACGCCGGCUACCAUCAUUGCCCUGACGGGAUUGGGGUCUGCGGAGGCGCAGGAAGAGGCAUUUGUCUCGGGUAUUGAUCUGUUCUUGACGAAACCCAUCAAGUUGGACAAACUCACCAAGUCGCUGAAUGAGAUUAGGGAGGGUAAUCUACAGCAAGCUUGA